GACCAUCUCUAUUCUUCGUCGAUCUACGACUCACUUCCUUUCCUGACGCAAGCACCCGGCGAGGCUGUUGCACGCCUUUAAUUUGUGGCCGUUUUACAGCAAAACUGGAUUUUAUAACCAUUCAAAAUAGACAGUCACACCACAGGAUAUAUUUCACAAGGACGUAGAUUGACCGCUUCCUUCAGCAAUGUCUCGUUUCUUUGCCACCGGGUCUGACAGCGAGUCAGAGGAGUCUUCAUCGGCCGAUGAUCUCACUCUUAAAGCACCCGGAGCAACCUUUCAAGCAGUCGUUGCUUCUCAGUGAUGAUGAGGAGGACACUAAGAGAGUGGUGCGCAGCGCCAAAGACAAAAGGUUUGAGGAGUUGACCAACCUCAUCAAGACGAUCCGAAAUGCUAUGAAGAUUCGUGACAUGGCCAAAUGUCUGGAGGAUUUUGAGCAGUUAUGUCGAGCCUUCCUCAAAAGCAAGACUAUAGUGGACAAAGAGGGUGUUCCCCCUUUUUACAUCCGUCUUCUGGCCGACCUGGAGGACUACUUGAACCAGCUUUGGGAGGACAAAGAGGGAAAGAAGAAGAUGAACAAAAACAACGCAAAAGCCCUCAGUACACUACGUCAGAAGAUCCGCAAGUACAACAGAGACUACGAAACAGAAGUUGCUGCAUACAAGGAGAACCCACAGGAGUCUGCUGAUGAAGAGGAAGAGAAGGAGGCAGGGGAUUCAGGUUCAUCUUCUGAUGGCGAGGAAGAGGGAGACGAAGAAGGAAUGUCAGCGAAGGCCUUCCUAAAGAAAAAGCCUGAGCCUAUCCCAGAUGCCAGCAAGUUCCUCAAGUCUGCCAAGGGAUCCGGGGAUGAGUCUUCCUCUAGUGAUGAUGACGAUGAUGAUGAAGACUGGGGAUCAGACACUGUAGACAGUGGCAGUGAUAGCACGGAUGAAGAGGGUGUAAAGAGCGCUUCCUUAGCUCUGGUCUUCCUCAAGAAGGCCCAGGAGAGUGAUAAGCCCAGUGAAAAGAAAAUCGGCAGGAAGAAGAAGCCCAAGAAGAAGGAGCGGCUUGAGGAAGAGGGUGAGGAGGAGGGUGGAGAUGCAGCUGGAGGCUGGCAGGAGGUGAAGGGAGGCGCCCCUAUGGUCAAGGAAAAGCCCAAGAUGUUUGCCAAAGGCACAGAAAUCAACGUACCAGUGGUUGUGAAGAAGCUGAACGAGAUCCUGCAAGCAAGAGGCAAAAAGGGCACUGACAGGGCUGCCCAGAUUGAACUGCUUCAUGCUCUGGUAAACAUCGCCGCUGAGAAUAACUUGGGCCAAGGUAUCCUGGUCAAGAUUAAGUUCAACAUCAUCGCCUCCCUGUAUGACUACAACCCCAACCUGGCAGCCUUCAUGAAGCCCGAUAUGUGGAAGACGUGCCUGGACUGUAUCGAUGAGCUGCUGGACAUCCUCUUCGAACACAACGACAUCUUCAUCGGGGAGAACAUCGCAGAGGACAGUGAGAGUCUCAUCAUCUCAGACCAGCCAUUCAGGGUGCGUGGAUGCAUCUUAACGCUGGUAGAGAGGAUGGAUGAAGAGUUUACCAAGAUCAUGCAGAACACUGAUCCCCACUCACAAGAAUAUGUUGACAAUCUGAAGGAUGAGGGACACGUCUGUGGCAUCAUUGACCGGCUGCUCGACUACAUGGAGAAGAAGGGCUGCGCAGAGGAGAUUUGCCGCAUCUACCUCCGCAGAAUCAUGCACACCUACUACAAGUUUGACUAUAAGGCUCACCGGCGCAGCCUGGGCCUUCAGGGAGAGACCAAGUCCGAGCAGGACCAGGAGGAGAGCGAGGGGGAGGACAGUGCUGUGAUCAUGGACCGUCUCUGCAAGUUCAUCUACGCCAAGGAUCGUACCGACCGUAUCCGUACCUGCGCUAUCCUCUGCCACAUCUACCACCACGCUCUGCAUUCACGCUGGUACCAGGCCCGCGACCUGAUGCUGAUGAGCCACCUGCAGGACAACAUCCAGCACGCUGACCCGCCCGUACAGAUCCUGUACAACAGAACCAUGGUCCAGCUUGGCAUUUGCGCAUUUAGGCAGGGCAUGAUUAAAGAUGCCCACAAUGCCCUGUUGGACAUCCAGUCUUCUGGCCGUGCCAAGGAGCUCCUGGGUCAGGGUUUGCUCAUGAGGAACAUGCAGGAGAGGAACGCAGAGCAGGAGAAGAUUGAAAAGAGAAGACAAGUGCCAUUCCACAUGCACAUCAACCUGGAGCUGCUGGAGUGUGUGUACCUGGUGUCAGCCAUGCUGCUGGAAAUCCCCUACAUGGCCGCUCAUGAGUUUGACGCCCGCCGCAGGAUGAUCAGCAAGCAGUUCCAUCACCAGCUUAGGGUGGGGGAGAGACAGCCACUGCUGGGACCCCCAGAGAGCAUGAGGGAGCACGUGGUGGCUGCCAGCAAGGCCAUGAAGAUGGGAGACUGGCGUACCUGCCACUCAUUCAUCAUCAAUGAGAAGAUGAACAGCAAGGUCUGGGACCUGUUUCCUGAGACGCAGCGAGUGCGCGAGAUGCUUGUCAGGAAGAUCCAAGAGGAGUCACUGAGGACUUACCUGUUCACUUACAGCAGUGUAUACGACUCCAUCAGCAUGGGGACACUAUCUGAGAUGUUUGAGUUGGAGAUACCCACAGUCCACAGCAUCAUCAGCAAGAUGAUCAUCAACGAGGAGCUGAUGGCGUCUCUCGACCAGCCCACACAGACCGUAGUGAUGCACCGCACAGAGCCCACCUCCCUGCAGAACAUGGCCCUGCAGCUGGCUGAGAAACUCGGCAGCUUGGUGGAGAACAAUGAGCGCGUCUUCGACCUCAAGCAAGGUAUCUACGGAGGCUACUUCAACAGAGAUCAGAAAGGUGGCUACCAGCAGAACAAGUCUUACAACAGAGAUCAGAAUAGGGGAGGCUACAAUCGAGGUGGUUACAGAAAUCAAAACCACCAGAACCAAGACGGUCACCAAGGCGGCGGCUACCAAGGUCACGGCGGAGGAGGAGGCGGUGGCUACCACGGUGGCGGCGGAGGAGGCGGCGGCUACCACGGCGGCGGAGGAGGCGGCGGCGGCGGCUACCACGGUGGCGGCGGAGGAGGCGGCGGCUACCACGGUGGCGGCGGUGGAGGCUACCACGGUGGCGGAGGCGGCGGCUACCACGGUGGCGGAGGCGGGGGCUACCGUGGGGGCGGCGGCUACCAAGGUCGCGGAGGCGGCGGCUACCAAGGUCGUGGAGGCGGCGGCGGCUACCAAGGUCAUGGCGGUGGAGGCGGUGGCUACCAAGGUCACUGGCGGUGGAGGCGGCGGCUACCAAGGUCACGGCGGCGGAGGCGGCGGCUACCAAGGUCACGGCGGCGGAGGCGGCGGCUACCAAGGUCACGGCGGUGGCGGAUACCAAAGCCACCAAAACUACUGAGCUUGGAACAUGUGGAUUUCAGUCUCGCCCCCUGGACGAGUCUUCAUUCCAUGAUCAUAACAACAACACGGGUUUCUGUGUGUUGUUCUCCUUCAUUUGACUCAAACUGCUGAUUCAGCUGAAAGUUAUUGCAGUCCAAGUCUUUCUCACUGCAGUCGCAUAGUGUGGUUUCUCAGCGCGGCCAACUUCUUUGGAUGAACGUGACGAGUUUUUAAGGUUAUUAUUGCCAAUAGAAAAUUGUAAACGUGGACAUUGCAGUGUGGCUAGCUUGUGGCAGUACAGUCAGGUGACGGACGCGUCAAGUAUUGUUGACUUAUACUUAUUAAAUAAACAAUUACACAAAUGAAA